AUGCAGCAGUCUCAUCAUCAACUUUCUCCAUCCAACAACGACAACAACAAACAAGAAGGUGAUUUUUCGAGUCAUGCAACAACCUCUAUUACAACAAGCAUCAAUCAUUCUCAAACAUCACCAACAAAUCAACAUGACGAAAUCAAAGCGAGCGACAAUCGUUUGGAUCCUCCUUCACAAACAUCACCACCAACAACAACAACAACAACAUUUAACAAUGACACUCUUGAGUCAUCUUUUUCUCAUGAUCAACAAUUUGAUUCACCCACAACACAUUCAUCUACUUUAAAAACAUCUAACAAAGCGAAAAGACUUUCUAGAAUGUUUCGUGCACCACCAGCUCUUCAAAUCCCGCUUCAUCAUUCAAACAAUGAUGUCAGUACGAAUAGAAAACAAGUUGUCAAUAAUUUCGAUUAUGACAGCCCGACCCUUCUUGUUCAUUCAUUGUUGAACAAUUCCAUGAUGAAUGGAGAAACAGAAUGUAAAUCAAAUAUUCAGCUACAUCAGUCUCAUCACCUGCAAGAUAACUCGGCAAGUUCAUCCACUCAAACUCCUUCUUUCAGUAACCAUGUAUUUCAUUUAAAUCUUCAAAAGUUGACUCAUUCAGUUAACAACUCAAACCCUCCAUCCAUGUAUCAUCAACAAUCAAUGGAGUCCUCCUCUCAUAUUUCAUCAUCAUCUUUUACUCCUCGAGGAAGAAGUGUCUCAGCACUUCCUUCCGCACAUGGCUCUCUUUCUGCUCGACCAUAUACUGUCACACCACAAACGACAACAUUGAACAGUGCUGUUACAGUCAAAACACCUAGGUCUGCACAUAACAUUGAAAAUAAUACUAGUAGUUUUGGAGUGGCUAAUACUUUCGGAGGUAAUGAAAAUGUUGUUGUUGGCCGUGAUAAUAUCGUACGUGGUCGAUCAACCACCAACGUGACAACGAACAUGAUGAUUCCUCGUUCUGCUACCACUCCCAGACAAGUCACGUUCGCAGAAUUUAACAGCAGUUAUGAGCCAGAAAAUUCAUCAGUCGUGCCCUCGAACCCUUCUCCAAUAUCUGCCAAUGCAAUUCUUAAUUAUUCAAAGGACGAAACGGAAAGUCCAAGAGCCUUUCCAACUCCAAUUCGAACGAACCUUAAUUCACAUGCGUUUCAUGUGUACUCAUUACCUUCUCCUUCUAGAGUCUUGGCAGUACGUCAUACCAAUGAUCUAGAAUCACGAGUGGAAGCACUUGAAAAACAAACAACAAAAUCACCGGGUGGAUUAACGCCAAGAAAAUUGGUACAAGUUGCAGCAACAAUUAAAAGCAAACUGUCUCCACGGGGAAACAUGUUAAACAUUUCAAAUACGACGGACGAAUUUACUGGACUUGUCGAUGAGGAAGAGGAAGCUACGGAUUUAUCAAACCAAGAAAUGGAGGAUACCAAUUUGAAAGGACAUCAUGUCUAUGUGGAUAGUGGAGAUUUAAAGAAUAACCAUUUUCAACAGUUGGACUCAUCAUUGACAACAUCAAAUUCUAUUGUUGGUGUCUCAGUUGAUUCAAACGAUCAGCAAUAUCAACCUUUGAAUAUUGUGAAAUCAAGUUCAGAUGGAGAAUCUAUUUUAAAUGUGUCCAAUAUUUCAGAUAUCAAUAUUGAAGAAAUUGCAUCCAUGAUUAACAAGUCUCAUCAACUACAGACCUCAGAAGAUUCUAACAAUCGCUAUGACAAUACAGCCAUAUCUUUGAGUCCUAGUUAUUUAGCUCCUUUCAAAAACGAUGAUAUGGGAAAUUCGGAUGAUUCCAAUAAUUUAUCAAGUUGUUGCCAAUCUCCACCAACUGGUAUGGAGCUUUUAUCAUCCAUGACCAAACACAAUAAUUUAGAGACUACUCCUACACAUAUCUAUUCCACUUCUGAUCUUUCCACGAUUGUGCCAGGUAUGAAAAUAUUUUCGACCAGAGUUAGUGCUGGAAAUGACAUGGAAGGAAAAUCUGUGACUUCAACACACAAAAAGAAACGACAAGUACAACUUCACACCUGUUGUGGAACCAUUGAGUUUUCUUGCUUUAGGUUAAUCGCCUUGAUUUCUUUAAUUGUGAACAUUGCUGCGUUUAUUUGGCUAGCUGUUUUAUUGUCCAUGAUUUACAUCAAUGAGAGACAAGAGAUGAGUGGAUCCCUUCUUUCGAACACUGCACAAAAUUUGGAUCUCCAUCGAGAACGUAUGGAACAUUAUGCCAAGCUUACUGCACUUUCUGCUAGUUGCUCACCCUUCAUGACACAACAUGUUAAUUUUACUUUACAAAAUCAAACCAAGAAUUAUUUGGAAAAAUUUGAAUCCCAUUAUGAAAUAUUGACCAAACGAAUGGAUUUAUUACUACCGAGCUUACCAGAUUAUUUGGUAAAAACAUAUAACCAAUCCAUGUUUUUACAAUCGGAACAACAAGCAAUGGAAAUGGUGAAACAAGGAACACCACUAAACGCCUUACAAUUUCUUGAGAGCACCAAUUAUACCAAAAACAUUCAAGAUCUAACCAUGACUCUAAUUAAGCCAAUGAUUGGAUACUUUUAUCAAAUUGAUCAGCACGAAACAUCUCAAAUGCUACUCCUUUCAUUGAUGGGACUCGUGGUUGUUUUGGCUGUUUCUGCCUUUCUUGUACCUCUAAUCAUUGCAAUAAUUGUUUGUGCAGUGAAUAGAGAUUCUCUUUACUUGAAUCGAUUGAAUAAGGCGAAUGCUGUCAUGCUAUUAGAUACGAUGCAAAACGAAACUCUUCGUGAGUUAUUUAGAAAGCAUUGUGAACAAGAAUAUGCCUCUGAAAAUUUUACCAUUCUCGAGAAAAUUAGUGAAUACAAAAAGUUAUGUGAAAAGAGUUUGGAAAUACAACUACAAAUCUAUGAUCCAGACAACAAUAACAACAACGAAGGAGAAACGUCUUCCACCACGAAAAGAAAGACUAUUACAGCCGCACAUACAUUUGCGUUUGAUGACUCUCCAUCGCCUUCAUUUCGAGGCAGAAGAAAUGGUGGUAAUGCUGGUGAUCGAGAUUCCAAGCGAUUAAGAAAUUUCAUGUUCAAAAGGCAAUACAAUGAAAAAGACAUGGACAAGGUCGAAUCCGAAAAGUAUGAGGUUGCUUUUGAAAUUUAUACAGAAUACCUUGAUGUCCAUGGAGACAAAAGUGUGAACAUUAAUAAGAAGAUUUCUGAGCAAGUUAAGGAGCAAAUGGAUAGCUACGCCAAGGGAACCAUUGAUGUAUUACCAGAUUAUUUAUUUGACACCGUUGAGCAAGAGAUUUGCAUUGUCUUGUUGGACACACAUCAUCGCUUCAAAGAGAGUUUAGCAUUUCAAAGAUCGAUGAAAAUUGACAAACUUAAUCGUGCAAAACUUCAACGAAAACAACAGGCUCGAGCUAACAAUGGCAAUAGAUUAAUAUUGGCAAAGAAUUUGUCAAGCAACCCUUUACAAAAUUAA